UAUUUUUCUGAUUCAUCGUGAUUUGUGUAUGUAGAAGCUUAGAUUAAAAUUAGGAAUAUUGUAAUUUGGUGUUAAAAUCUGAGUGAAAUUUGAAAUGUAGUGCCUUAUUGGAAAAAUAUUGUGUAUGGUGUCCGGCGGUGUGAUUCUAUAAUUUACUACGCGAAGAUGAUCUCAUUGACGCGCUGACAUUAGUUUCGUUACGUUCUUUUCGGCGAGAGUUCUUGAUCGUUUUAUUGUUGUUGACCAAGUCCAAUGACCUUGUAACGUUAAAUAAAUUAAUAGAAACUUAUUUGACAAAAUGAAGAAGCAGUUCUAUAGGGUGAAACAACUUGCCGACCAAACCUUCUCAAGGUCUGGCAAGGGUGAAGCUCUGACUGAUGAGCUACAAACUGCAGACAAGAAAGUGGAGCACCUCCGCAAUGCAUUGCAUCUUAUCAGCAAAAGACUAGCCACUGCAGCUGGUAACACGCAAGGCCAGGACCCCGCAGCAAGGGAGAAGAGAUUACGAAAAUUGCCAGAGUAUCUCCUGGGGCUAUCUAUGUGUGAAGCCAGUAAUUUUGAUGAUGAUGAUAGCAUUUUAAAAUACAUUUUACAUGAAUGUGGUAAAACUGAGAAGUUCCUGGCAAAUGAGAUAGCUGAACAUGAACUGAAAGUUGAACAGCUUGUUUGUUCCCCACUAGCAGCAAUAAGUGAUCAUGACCUUCCAGCUAUAAUGAAAGCAAAGAAGCACCUUAGUAGACUAAUAAAUGAAAAAGAAUCUGCACUUAGUCGAUACAAUAAUUUAGAGCGUCAGAAAGAUGAAUACCCAGCCAAGUACAGUGCGGCUAAGGAAGAGUUGGAAGAGGCUGGUAACAAGGUGGAGUCAGCGCGGGACGCUCUCGCUGCGGACAUGUACGCACUCGUGGCCAAGGAAGCUCAACUCGCGCAUACCUUACUGCAAUACGUCAAGUUGCAGCGCGCGUACCAUGAGUCAGCGCUCCACUCCCUGCAGGAUACAGUUCCAGAGCUGGAGAGGUUUAUAAAUGACAGUUCGGUGAAGCCCGUGUUCGGGUACCCUCUGGAGGAGCACCUCAGGGUGACUGCUCGCACCAUAGCCUUUCCCAUCGAGCUGUGCGUGUGCACUCUGCAUGAGCUGGCACUCAAUGAGGAGGGACUCUUCAGAAUCGCUGGCGGUACAUCAAAGGUGCGACGGAUGAAACUAUCCUUAGACGCGGGCCUAUUUAGUGUUCCUCUCCCCCCGGACUACCGGGAUAUGCAUGUAGUGGCUUCGGUGCUAAAAUCAUACUUAAGAGAACUGCCCGAACCUCUACUAACAUUUCGCCUCUACGAGAACUUCAUCCUAGCUUCCAAACAGCCCUCGGAACAAGCUCGACUCAACGCUCUCUGGGAAGCGAUUCAUCUUCUGCCGGACGCAAACUUCCAAAACCUUAGAUAUCUUAUAAAAUUUUUGUCUGCCUUGACUCAAAAUCAAAGCACAAACAAAAUGACGCCUUCGAACCUGGCAAUUGUGAUCGCGCCCAACCUGCUGUGGGCCGCUGACGAGAGCACCUUCGACAUGAACAUCACGACAGCGGUCAACUGUGGGGUCGAACUACUCAUCAAACACGCGGACUGGUUCUUUAAAGACGACCAAAAGUUUUUCAUCUCGUUCACUAAAGAAGACCUGCUCCCGGACCAGGGCGAUUACGGCUUCAUUCCGACCUUCGUUCAAGGUUACAACCAAACUGCCGCUCUCACCCAGGAGCAGGCGAACGGCGAUUACAGUAGCAUGAGUAAAUCAAUGUACAAUUACAACCACCAGGCCGCACAGAAGAACCCGUCCGACCUGCUCGGCAGGCACUCGAGAAGCAACAGUCACGACACUAGCCUUAUAUUAAUAGAUAACGAUAUUAAAAAAGCUCAAUCCAAUAGCUCCCUAUCAGACCAAUCUAGUCCACCUCACGGUAGCCCUAAACCUAUUAUGCGUCGAAAAAAUAAACCCCUGGCGCCGGUUCCGCCAAACUUUACGCCCGAUAAGAACAAAAAAGUAGAAGCUCAAACGCAGGCGACGGAAGCGCCCAAGGAGCCACAGAAUUCAAUAGCCAAGGAGGCGGAAAAACCAGCGAAACCUCCACGGCCAGUCAUCUCUGACACGGGGAAAAUUAUAUCCGGCGUGCAAACGAUCAACCGAUCGACAUACCGGCAAAGCAAAGCUAUAAAAGAGGAAGCUGCAAGGAGUGGAAGCCGCGAGAACCUUGCGGACAUACGCCGACAGAGCCUGGAGUUCGAAAAGGAUAAAUUCGAGAGUUUAAAGGCGAUGGAAAGAAACGACAAGGAAUCCACGCUUGUAUGCAAAAACGUGACCGCGCAAUCCGGAGUCGUCACCAGGAUGAAGAUAGUAGGCGAGCCGAACAGCGGGCCGGCUUCGCUGGGCGCGGAGAAAUCUCUGGAUAGAUGUUUAAGAAUCCAGGUGCCUAAGCCGUCCAGUCAACCGCCGCCACGUCCCGCACCGCGGACUAUAGUACCCGCACCCGUCGAAGCCGAUAACGAGGUGCAACUGAGGAACAAGCCCGCAGUUCCGGAACGCCCAGCCACGCUCCGGCCACAGAGCUUUCGAGGCCAACGGAGCUCCCUCACCGAUAACUCUGAGAUUACACCUACCGUCCUAGAGCGCACUCACAUUUACACAGUAGACAAACAGCACCCGACUGUAAUACAAGUGGGCGGCGCCGUCGAUGAUGAGGGGUCUCGGAACACGGUGCAGCGAACGCACAGUUCCGGUGGGAAAGAUGCGGAGUUGGAAGAGCCGAAGAGCUUGACCAAUGCGAGCAGACAACUGUCACAAUCGGAGGGCAACAUCACGGAGGGCGGGCCGAAGUCCCCGCGACCCCAGCCGGCACGCCCCCCUCGACCUCUCGUGCCCGCACCGCCGCCCCCCGUGGCCCCCGCUCACGAGAGCACUGACCUCUAGUCCAAACCGCCUUAUAGUAUUACAGGAGUCCGGGAGUAAAGAUUCCCGCAUCCAUCGCUUACCGUGGUAGCGUUUUCAAAAUAUCAGAUACGUGUCGUAAAAACGCCUAGUAAAUUCAAAUAACAGUCAGAGCUUCGAGCAGAAAUAUAUCUGAAAAGCGUCAGUACACAACUUGUUUUGAUACAAGGAAAUUUCCCUACUUUAAAUUUCGUUUUUAAAACUUCAGGAACUCUAAAUAGAGAUAAUGGACACAUAGGAAUAUAUUUGACAUGUGUAAUUCACGUGUUAACGAUACCAACUAUAAGGUACCCUUAGUACGAGGAUGCACACUUAAAAACCGUCGAUGGUUUUCGAGAACACUAACGGCAUUUAAAAUCAACUUAAUGGUUUUUGAUUUAAAACUCAUGUUUGUCCAUACAUCUAUAUUCCGCCUUUAGUGGAAAAUAAAUCAGUAGUACGGAAUGUACACCUUUAAAACGAGGGACAUAAGGGGAAUUUUAAUUUGACGUUAAAGUGUCCGAUAUUUGAAAACGCUCCCGAGGCGUUGUAUAUGAUGGCGUGGUAAAACAGAGUAUUAGAACCAUAUUCCUCUUCCGAUACAAUCGCUCGGACUGUGUAGGGAUGUAUCAAGACUGAUGCCCUCUAUUUAAUGUACGCUAGAUAUUCUAAAUAGAUCGCUUCCGAAGUGUUACAUAAUACUAGUACAUUACUAUUGUACAAUUAUAUUAUUUUUCUUUGCAGAUGACCUAUUUAUUUUUGUAAAAUGAUAAUUUUUAUUAUUAUAAUGAUACGGUAAUUUUACGAAUCGGUGAAUCAAAACAAAACAAUGCGUCAACGUUGAUAUUCGUCGAGAGUGCUAUCUUUUUUCUAACCAUUAUUCCAUAAGGACAUAUCAUAUUGAGUCAAUUUAGCUUUUUAUGCGAUCGAGUGUAUUACGUGCUUUAUAAAGUUUUGUACAAUUUAGAUGUAAUAUGUUGCAGUAAAUCCUUGUGAUAUUAGGAGAUUCGACGGCGCCUCGGCGCGCGGCGGCCGGGGCAGUGCACAAACGUAUAAUUAGUAGCCAUAUUUUUUAAUAUUUACGACUUGACAGUGCAUUAGUUUGUAUCGGCCACGCUGUUUCAGUGAAUAUUAACUAGGCUAAUGUAUGUUAUGUAGUAUUUACGAUGUUUUAUGUGAUAUGCAUUUUAUUAAUUAUUAUACUGCAAGUAUACAAGCUUCUGUUGUAAGUAAUAAUAAAAUUAAACCCAAAAAAUUA